AUUCCACAUUCGCCGCACCUCUUCAUUAUAAUAUUUCUUCGGAAGCAGUUGUCUCUCUUCCGUCCACAUGCAGCUUCGUCUCUGGUCAACCCCUCCCUCAUGUUUUAGGGGUCCCCUGUGGUCACGGCUGGCGCGUUACUGGGAUCUCCUACUGUUUCUCUGUUCCUCGGUCGGUACAGAAAACUCUCAAUUGCACCGCUAAAGCCAGCGAGACGAUAAGCGGUGGAAUCCCGCACCUUGCACUCUAAAACGCCUCUCUCUCUCUCUUGCUUGCCUACCAACCUUUCGUACUACCCUUGUGGUUCCUCACAUUUACGUUGCCCCGGCAGUGAAUGAGACGGAGUUGUUUGGUGGGCCUACUAAUUGCACGCCAUUCUGCACCAGCUCCAAAGGAGCGAGAGAAAGGGCGGAAGGCGGAAGGCGGCAGGAACGAGGUGGUGGUGGUGGUUGGCCUGAGGUCCGGCUAAUCAUACGACAGAAAGCAUCACCAUGCCUUCUUCUUCUUCUUCUUGGUUGUCUACGGUUCCGCCAUGGAUCACCUCUCGCACGUGCUCCCCUUCUUCCCUCGGCCAUCCGUUGCAGUCUUCGGCUUCCGGCUUCCUUCAGUGGCUUCGCGUGAUCUUCCUCUCGCCGUGUCCUCAGCGCGCGCUCUUUGCCGUGGCCGAUGUAGUAUUCCUAUUCGUCCUCCUCGUCUUCGCCAUCCAGAAGCUUUCCUCCCGCUUCCGCCGGCGACGGAGAGAUGGUGCUGGCACCGCCGAAGAGGAGGCCGAAAAGCCACUGCUUUCUGAGUCCCGCGUCAUCGUCCGCGUCGGCCUCGGCUACAAGCUCGCCCUCGCCAUCUCCUUCCUCCUCGCCGCCUCCUACGCUGUCCUCCUCGUCCUCGACCUCGCCCGCGCCCGCCUCCCGUUCUCCCGGUGGAUGGUCGCUGAGUCGGUGUUCCUGCUCCUCCAGUUCCUGUCGCAGCUCGCGGCCGCCGCCCUCGUAGCACACGAGAAGCGGUUCCGUGCCGCCGUCCACCCUACGACGCUCCGCAUCUACUGGAUCGCCAGCUUCCUCCUUGCCGCCCUCUUCGCCGCCUCCGCCGCCGUCCGGUUCGCCGGCGGUGCGUCCAUCCCUGUCGACGACGUGGCCUCCGUCGUCGUUCUCGCGGUCUCCGUCCCGCUUGUGUUUCUCGCGAUCUCUGGAUCCACCGGGGUCUCGGUGGUCGCACGGCAGGAGGAGGAAGAGGAGCCGGCCAGGUCGUCCGACGCCGCGGCAGCGAAACCUAACGUCACCCCCUACGCGACGGCCUCCAUCCUCUCCCGCUUGACGUGGGCGUGGAUGAACCCGCUGAUCCAGAAGGGCUAUCGAUCACCGCUCAACCUCAACGACGUCCCGUCGCUGGCGCUGGAUCACCGGGCGGAGCGCAUGUACGAGCUCUUCCGUUCCAAGUGGCCGGAUCAGGCGGUGCGGUCGGAGCAUCCGGUCCGGGCCACCCUCCUCCGCUGCUUCUGGCCGCGCCUCCUCCUCACCGCCAGCCUCUCCAUCAUCCGGCUCUUCGUCAUGUACGUCGGCCCCACCCUGAUCCAGCGCUUCGUGGACUACACCUCCGGCAAGCGUACCUCUGCCUACGAGGGCUACUACCUAUGUUGCAUCCUCCUUUUCGCCAAGUUAGUGGAAGUGCUCUGCUCGCACCAGUACAACUUCCAGUCGCAGAAGCUGGGCAUGCUCAUCCGGUCCACCCUCAUCACCUCCCUCUACCGCAAGGGCCUCCGCCUCUCCUGCUCUGCCCGCCAGUCCCACGGCGUCGGCAUGAUCGUCAACUACAUGGCCGUGGACGCGCAGCAGCUUUCGGACAUGAUGCUCCAGAUCCACUACAUCUGGCUGAUGCCCCUCCAGGUGGGCGCCGCCCUGGCGCUCCUCUACAACUACCUGGGUCCAUCCGUCACCUCCGCCGUCAUCGGCGUUGCCGCCAUCAUCGUCUUCGUCCUCUUAGGCACGCGGCGGAACAACCGAUACCAGUUCCAGCUUAUGGGGAUGCGCGACAAGCGGAUGAAGGCUACAAACGAGAUGCUCAGCUACAUGCGGGUGAUCAAGUUCCAGGCGUGGGAGGAGCACUUCAGCCGGCGCAUCAACAAGUUCCGGGACGGCGAGUACGGGUUCCUUUCCAAGUUCAUGUACUCCAUCUCCGGCAACAUCAUCGUGCUGUGGAGCGCGCCGCUGCUGGUGUCGACGCUCGUGUUCGCCACGUGCGUGCUCGUCGGCCGGGUGCGCCUCACCGCCGGCCUCGUCUUCACCGCCACCACCUUCUUCCGCAUCCUGCAGGAGCCCAUGCGCAACUUCCCGCAGGCGCUCAUCUCCGCGUCCCAGGCGGUGAUCUCGCUGGAGCGGCUGGACAGGUUCAUGACGAGCGGGGAGCUGGAGGAGGCCGCGGUGCAACGGUCGGAGGGCUGUGACGGCGACGACGGAGUCGCCGUCGAGGUGGCGGGCGGGGCGUUCUCGUGGGACGACGAGGACACCGACGAGAGCAGCGCCGUGCUCAGGGGAAUCGACGUGCAGAUUCGGCGCGGCGCUCUGGCCGCCGUCGUGGGUACCGUCGGAUCGGGCAAGUCCUCCUUCCUCUCAUGCAUAAUCGGCGAGAUGCGCAAGAUAUCCGGCGAGGUCAAGGUUUGUGGUAGCACAGCCUAUGUGGCACAGACGGCAUGGAUUCAAAAUGGAACUAUUCAAGACAACAUCUUGUUUGGGCAGCCGAUGAACAGGAAGAGGUACGAGGAGGUCAUCCGGGUGUGCUGCUUGGAGAAGGACCUGGAGAUGAUGGAGUUUGGAGACCAGACUGAGAUUGGAGAAAGGGGAAUUAACCUCAGUGGUGGACAGAAGCAACGCAUACAGCUCGCCAGAGCGGUUUACCAGGAUUGCGAUAUCUACCUUCUUGAUGAUGUCUUCAGUGCCGUCGAUGCUCAGACCGGUUCAGAGAUCUUCAAGGAAUGUAUCAGGGGUGUUCUCAAAGGGAAGACCAUUGUGCUUGUAACACACCAAGUGGACUUCUUGCACAAUGUUGAUCUUAUACUGGUUAUGCGAGAUGGGGCAAUUGUUCAAUCCGGAAAGUAUGAUGAGCUACUACAGCCAGGCACCGAUUUUGCAGCACUUGUAGCUGCUCAUGAUAGUUCCAUGGAACUUGUAGAGCAGAGCAGCUCUGCACAGGAUCAUCAUGAUCAUCAACCUGCUGCUCUGAGUCGUGAACAAUCUAAUGGGGAGAAUGGGUCCAUCAUCUCCCCCAAGCCAGAGAAAAGCAAAGGCACCUCUAAACUAGUAGAAGAAGAGGAACGGGAAACUGGUCAUGUCAGCUGGAACGUGUAUAUGGUAUACAUAACCCAUGCUUGGGGGUGGUGGGGAGCAGUUAUAGUGUUGCUAGUAGCAGCAGCGUGGCAGGGCUCUCUAUUGGCAAGUGACUAUUGGUUGGCAUACGAAACAUCAGCGGAUAUAUCCAGUUCAUUCAGACCAUCCCUCUUCAUUCAAGUUUAUGCCGCCAUAGCCAUGGUUUCUAUUGUUCUAAUCACUGCCCGAUCUUUUCUCAUUGCAUACUUGGGUCUUAAAACAGCUCAGAUCUUCUUCAGGCAGAUCCUCAACAGCAUUCUGCAUGCUCCAAUGUCUUUUUUUGACACUACACCAUCUGGCAGAAUUCUUAGUCGGGCAUCAUCAGAUCAAACCAACAUUGAUCUCUUCCUCCCCUUCUUCGUGGGAUUAACUGCUUCAAUGUACAUCACACUGCUUAGCAUAAUCAUCGUUACAUGUCAGGUUGCAUGGCCUACUGUAAUACUCAUACUUCCAUUGAUAUGGCUGAAUAUUUGGUACAGGGGUUACUAUCUUGCAACAUCUCGGGAACUAACUCGACUUGACUCAAUCACGAAAGCCCCGGUUAUCCAUCACUUCUCAGAGACCAUUCUUGGUGUCACGACGAUCCGUUGCUUCAGAAAGGAGGAUAGGUUUUCCCAGGAAAACUUGAAUAGGGUUAAUUCAAGCUUAAGGAUGGAUUUUCACAACAAUGGUUCCAAUGAGUGGCUGGGGUUUCGCUUAGAAUUGAUUGGAAGUUUUGUCCUCUGCAUCUCAGCUUUGCUCAUGAUCAUGCUUCCCAGCAAUUUUAUCAAACCAGAAUAUGUUGGUCUAUCCCUUUCCUAUGGUCUCACCCUCAAUGCUGUACUCUUUUGGGCAACUUGGGUCAGUUGCUUUAUAGAGAAUCGAAUGGUCUCCGUUGAAAGGAUAAGGCAGUUUACCAACAUUCCCUCUGAGGCAGCAUGGGAGAUCAAAAAUUGCCUUCCGUCUCCAAAUUGGCCCACCCAUGGUGAUAUUGAGAUAAAAAAUCUGAAGGUUAAAUAUCGUCCAAACACUCCUUUUGUUCUCCAUGGCAUUACAGUCAGCAUCAGAGGAGGAGAGAAAAUAGGAGUUGUGGGAAGGACAGGCAGUGGCAAAUCGACAUUGAUACAAGCUUUGUUCCGUAUAGUGGAGCCUUCUGAAGGACAAAUAAUUAUUGAUGGAGUAGACAUAUCUACGUUGGGUCUUCAUGAUCUCAGGUCACGCUUUGGCAUUAUCCCUCAGGAACCUGUUCUGUUUGAAGGAACAGUUCGCAGCAAUAUCGACCCCAUUGGGCUGUACUCAGAUGAUGAGAUAUGGCAGGCUCUUGAACGCAGCCAACUCAAAGAUGCAGUAUCUUUAAAACCUGAGAAGCUUGAUGCUUCAGUGGUUGAUAAUGGAGAGAACUGGAGUGUAGGACAGAGGCAGCUCCUCUGUCUGGGGAGGGUCAUGCUGAAGCGCAGCCGAAUCUUGUUCAUGGAUGAAGCCACAGCUUCAGUGGACUCACAAACCGAUGCUGUGAUUCAAAAGAUCAUCAGAGAAGACUUCUCCGCUUGUACAAUCAUCAGCAUUGCUCACAGAAUACCCACAGUCAUGGACUGUGACAGGGUUCUAGUCAUUGAUGCAGGACUAGCAAGUGAAUUUGAUAAGCCCUCCAACUUGAUUGAACGUCCAUCUCUCUUCGGUGCAUUGGUUCAAGAGUAUGCUCAUCGCUCUACCGAUCUGUAGAUGAUUUGUUGAUGCUCAAGUUUCCUCUAGUAAGAGCAGGAAAUAGCUUCUCUCGAUCGACAACAACAAUUCCAAUGCAGCAAUAUUGAUGUUUCGUGAUCCUAAAAGGUUUGCAUAAUAAGGAGCAAACUCAAUCAGACAAAUAAGAUUCAGGAGCAGGAGAUGAGGUUCAUGUCAUUCUUCUAAUCUGUAUGGCUCAUUUCUUUCAUCCUCCUUGAGAGUAGUUCAGCUGGGGAGUGUAGGGGAGUUCUAUAUAUGUAUAUUAUAUAGGACGACCGCUGAUGCAUUAGUUUUGCCAUGAACAAGUUGAUGUUGAAGCUUGUUGAGAGCUUGCUUUAUUCAGAUUAUUCGAGUUCCAAGCACCAAAGAAACAUAUAAAGAGCUACUAAAUUUACCUUU